AAUGAAGCAGCACACAAUACCAUUCUUCUUCUUCCUCUAUAUUUUUUUGCUUUGUUUCUAUCGCUCUGCUUACUCCUCCUUAUUUACAUCAGGGCCAGGGGGGGCGAUAAAUUAAAACACUCUCUCAUAAGGAUUGUACAGUAAAGACAAGAUCAUCAACACUUUUUUCAGUUUUCAUUACACAAUUUCCCAUCUCUCAAUUUCUCUCUCUAGAAUUCAUCAGCACCAGCUUCAGCUUCAGGGAUUAACUGAAGCUUAAAUUGGUAGCUACAGACCAUCUUUUUCACAAAAGAAUGGUACUUUCUGAAUCAGACAGCAUUGCAUAUGGCAGCAUUACCAAACCACAUUCACCACCAUUAUCACAUUCGCAUCCACAACCAUUACAUGAAGACUCAAUCAAGGAUGCUUCAUUUUCUCCGUUAAGUGGACAAAAUGCCCUUUUGUCGCUUACUCUCAACGAAAUUCAACACAAAAGUGGUAAGAAUUUUGGUUCGAUGAACAUGGAUGAAUUUCUUGCUAAUUUGUGGAAUGUAGAAGAUUCUCAAGUUGCUGCGCAACCAAAUCAACACCAAAGUAUAAUGAAAGAAAACGGAGUAACGAAGCCGCCCCCAUUAGCACGACAAGGCUCAUUCUCGAUACCUGCACCACUAUGCAAGAAAACGGUGGAUGAGGUUUGGUUUGAGAUACAAAAGGAGCAACCAGAACAGCAAAAACCUGACGACAUUGAUAUGGACGCUCAUGAACCUCCACAACGACAACAAACACUUGGAGAGAUGACACUUGAGGAUUUUUUAGUAAAAGCCGGUGUAGUUCAAGAAGCUACGUCGGGGGGUUCGUCCUUGCAAAAAAUGGUUGCUCCUAUUCAAAACUUUAAUGCGUGUUUGGAUGCAAGUUUUGGAAUGGGGCAAGUGAUGGGAAUGGGAUUGCCCGCUGCUCAUCAACCUAUCGGAAAUACUUUCUCAACUGGUAAUGGCUUCGCGCCCUAUCAAAUGUUUCCUCAAACCAAAGGGUUCAUUGGAGAAGCACCCAACAAUGCUAAAACCGAGCAGGGUCGCAUGGAAUUGAGCAUGCAACAAAACAAGAAAAGGAUAAUAGAUGGUCCGCCAGAAGUAGUCGUCGAGAGGAGGCAACGGAGGAUGAUAAAAAAUAGGGAAUCAGCAGCACGAUCACGAGCAAGGAAGCAGGCAUAUACUGUGGAGCUGGAACUAGAACUAAAUCAACUUAAAGAAGAGAAUGCUAAACUAAAGGUACUUGUGGAGGAAAUAGAGCAGAACCGUAAGGAAGAGGUUUUGAGGAGGAUGCCAUUGAUAAUGCCAAAAAAGAAGGCAGAUACUUUGAGGAACAUAAGGAGGACAGUGAGCUUGGCAUGGUGAAAGACGAAAUUAAAAUGAUGAAAAAUGUAGUUAAUUUGGAUGAUGUGAGUAUUUAUAUAAUUAAUAUAUGAAUAAGUGAGAAUACAAUAAGUGAAUUGAGUUCAAUUAAUUUGUAAUCUUACCAUCUAUUGCACUCAUUUAUAAAUUUUCAAGAUGCCUUGGAGUAUCUCCACCGGUGCUCUUUAUUUAAA